GGGCUCAUCUUCAUCUUACAUUUUACACUAUUUAGAGUCUAUGGAGGAUUGGGCUUCAUAUUUCACCACCGCACAGUGGUGAUCUCGUUGUUCUAUCAGAGAGAGUGAUGGCGGAAUUGGAUGCUGCUGAGCCAAAAAGGCGAAAAACGGAGCAGGUUGAAAUGGCGGAGGAAGCGUGCCUUUGCCUUGUUACUUAUGAAGAGUUGUUCGUGAUCAAACUAAGCAAUUUAAAGAAACAAGAUGAUGAUGCCAAAGAUUGGACUUAUUUGCUUCCUCCACCAAAGAUCGAGUUCUCUUUGCGACUUCGAGAGCCUGGUUUGUGUCCUUUCGAGUUCGACUCCAAGAUCUAUAUGGCGCUGUCCAGAGCACCGCGUCAGAAUCUCACAAAGAAACCCGGCUGCUGGCGAAUCUACGAAUUCAAAUUUGAGGAGCGCAGAAUUGAGCUUGCGGAAUCACUGGAUGGUGUACCCGCCCCUCUUUGCUGGUCAUUCAUCGCAAACACGCCAGGCUCAGGCCAUCUUUACUUCUAUAUAAAUCCACUGGUCAUAGAUUCUGGAUUUUACGUUCUUUGGAGGGACCUCCUCUUAACACACCUUUGGAGAAGGUGUUUGCCAUUUUGGUUAACCACCAGAAUGGCGGCGUCGCAUUAUAUGAAUGCCUUGAUGUGUUUUUUGAGGGUUUUCAACCCUGGAUAACAGAUAGGGCCACGGGAAGGUGUGUGCAAUACUCUCUGCGGAACUAUUGGAUUCCGGAUUCGAAUCAUUGGCGCUCUGCUUCUCAGUUUUCACACUGUCCCUAUUAGAGGACUUUGCAGCAUUGCAACUUGACAGUGGAGCUCCACCCAUGGAGCGAGAUUUCUUAAAAGUGACU